UCGGAGGCGCAGACGCCGCUCGACCCGGGCGCAGCGCGCAGGCGGCGGCGAAGAGACGCCGAGCGGGCCGAGUGCGGCCGAGCAGGAGCCGGAGCGGGGCCGCGGGCGCCGGGCCGGGCCGGACGGGCCGAGAUGCCCUACAAACUGAAGAAAGAGAAGGAGCCCCCCAAGCUUGCCAAAGGCGCAGCCAAGCCCAGCAGCUCUGGCAAGGAUGGUGGCGGAGAGAACACCGAGGAGGCCCAGCCGCAGCCGCAGCCACAGCCACAGCCGCCAUCGUCCAACAAGCGCCCCAGCAACAGCACGCCGCCCCCCACACAGCUCAGCAAGAUCAAGUACUCGGGGGGCCCCCAGAUCGUGAAGAAGGAGCGCAGGCAAAGCUCCUCCCGCUUCAACCUCAGCAAGAACCGGGAGCUGCAGAAACUUCCGGCCCUGAAAGACUCGCCCACCCAGGAGCGGGAGGAGCUGUUCAUCCAGAAGCUGCGCCAGUGCUGCGUCCUCUUCGACUUCGUGUCGGACCCCCUCAGCGACCUCAAGUUCAAGGAGGUGAAGCGGGCAGGGCUCAACGAGAUGGUGGAGUACAUCACCCACAGCCGCGACGUGGUCACCGACGCCAUCUACCCAGAGGCCGUCACCAUGUUCUCCGUCAACCUCUUCCGGACGCUGCCUCCUUCGUCCAACCCCACCGGGGCCGAGUUUGACCCCGAGGAGGACGAGCCCACUCUGGAGGCUGCCUGGCCCCAUCUCCAGCUCGUGUAUGAGUUUUUCUUACGUUUCCUCGAGUCUCCUGAUUUCCAGCCAAAUAUAGCCAAGAAGUACAUUGACCAGAAGUUCGUCCUUGCUCUCCUCGACCUGUUCGACAGCGAGGACCCUCGAGAGCGGGACUUCCUCAAGACCAUCCUGCAUCGCAUCUACGGCAAGUUCCUGGGGCUCCGGGCUUACAUCCGCAGGCAGAUCAACCACAUCUUCUACAGGUUUAUCUAUGAGACAGAGCACCAUAACGGGAUUGCCGAGCUCCUGGAGAUCCUGGGCAGCAUCAUCAACGGCUUUGCCCUGCCCCUGAAGGAAGAGCAUAAGAUGUUCCUCAUCCGGGUCCUGCUGCCCCUCCACAAGGUCAAGUCCCUGAGUGUCUACCACCCGCAGCUGGCCUACUGCGUGGUCCAGUUCCUGGAGAAGGAGAGCAGCCUGACGGAGCCGGUGAUCGUGGGCCUCCUCAAGUUCUGGCCCAAGACGCACAGCCCCAAGGAGGUGAUGUUCCUGAACGAGCUGGAGGAGAUCCUGGAUGUCAUCGAGCCUUCCGAGUUCAGCAAGGUGAUGGAGCCGCUCUUCCGCCAGCUGGCCAAGUGCGUGUCCAGCCCCCACUUCCAGGUGGCGGAGCGCGCGCUCUACUACUGGAACAACGAGUACAUCAUGAGCCUCAUCAGCGACAACGCCGCCCGGGUCCUCCCCAUCAUGUUCCCCGCGCUCUACAGGAACUCCAAGAGCCACUGGAACAAGACAAUCCACGGACUGAUCUACAACGCCCUGAAGCUGUUUAUGGAGAUGAAUCAGAAGCUGUUUGAUGAUUGCACCCAACAGUACAAGGCCGAGAAGCAGAAGGGCCGGUUCCGAAUGAAGGAAAAAGAAGAGAUGUGGCAAAAGAUCGAGGAGCUGGCCCGAAUGAAUCCCCAGUACCCCAUGUUCCGAACGCCCCCACCUCUGCCUCCCGUGUACUCCAUGGAGACAGAGACCCCCACGGCAGAGGACAUCCAGCUCCUGAAGAGGACAGUGGAGACCGAGGCUGUGCAGAUGCUGAAGGACAUCAAGAAGGAGAAAGUGCUGCUCCGGCGGAAGUCCGAGCUGCCCCAGGACGUGUACACCAUCAAGGCUCUGGAGGCGCACAAGCGGGCGGAAGAGUUCCUGACGGCCAGCCAGGAGGCGCUCUGACCCCCUGGCCCCCCUCGCGGGGCCACAGCCCACCCGAGCCCCCACCCUCCGCUCCCCACUGGCUGACCCGACUCGGGGCAAGGCCGUGCCUCUCUGGCUACUCUGAGGGAGGGGGAGGGGGGCCCGACACUUGAAGCUGGGACACACUCCGGUGGCCCCGCUUCUCCCUCAAGUGUGUUCUUGCCUCCCCGUGGCUAGUCCUGACAGGCUGAGCGCUGCCACGCCCGGUGCUCAGGCGACCUGGGGAUGCCCGGCCCCCCUCCCGCUCCUAACCCCACCGCUGCAGCGAGCACCGCUCCUCCCUCCCUCCCCGGAACUCCAGGGGGC